AUGAUUACGCUAAACUCUUUUUUCCACAGUAUUCGUUACGCAUUAGAUACUCUUCAUUACGAAGGAAUUUUUCUUAAGGUAAAACAGUAUAUAGCUCUGGAUUCUGUCCUGCAAGGACAUGAUACAAUUGCUGUACUACCAACUGGUUAUGGAAAAUCUAUAAUAUUCCAUUUACUUCCCUUCAUUUGUGAUCAUAUAAACAUCCGUAAAUACGCAGGAUCAUCGUCGAAUAACGCUGUGCUUGUAAUCUCACCAUUAAAUUCUCUGAUCAAUGAUCAAAUAACUAUAUUACAAAAUCGUGGAGUAGACGCUGUAGUUCUAAAUACUUCAUUAGUAGGUGAUGCAGAGUUGCGAGGAAAUACAACAGAAAACGAUGGAGAUGAAGAGCAUGUAAUCAAUAAAUCGAAAUUUGUGAUAGAUACAGCGUCACAGGAACACUUGGAGAAACGCAAGUUUAAUUUGGUUUACGCGCACCCAGAGUCAUUUAUAUCGUGUAAAGAAGGUAGACAAUUGCUCAUGAGCUCUACUUUCCAAGAAAAGAUUUCCACGAUAGUAAUUGACGAAGCACACCUUGUUGCGGAAUGGGGAAGGGAGUUUCGAAAGGAUUAUGGAAAACUUUCACAACUGACAUCACUAUUUCCAUAUUCCCCAGUUCUACUGCUUACAGCAACAGCUCCGAAUCAAACGCGAGAAGUAUUGAUUGCCAACUUAAGUUUGAAAGAUCCUCGUAUAAUUAUAGCAAAUUUGAAUAGAAAAAACAUUUAUAUCGAAAAAUCAAAACGUUUAGCGUCUUCUUUAGGAGAAGAGAGCUAUCAUUCCAUACUAUUAUCCAUCGCGAAAGAUUUAAAGCAACAACUGGUCAACUAUCCACUUACUAUAAUCUACACCCCCUUGAAAUGGUGUGGUUAUGCCUAUAAAUUAUUCUUAGACGUGAUAGGAGAAGAAAGCUUUCAUCCGAAACGUAUUGCCGAGCCUAAAAAUUGCCUAUUUGCCCAAUACCAUUCUCCACAAACGGAUGAAAGAAAACGGGAAAUACUUUCGCAGUUACAAGGUUCGGACAAAUCGAAAGUCCCAAGAGUUGUUUUUGCUACAGUUGCAAUUGGAAUGGGGGUAAAUAUCUCCGACGUGAGACAAGUUAUUCACAUUGGACCUCCUCGUACUCUUGAGGCAUAUUACCAAGAGAUCGGACGCGCAGGUAGAGACGGUGAACCAGCUCGCGCUACUUUAUAUUACAACGGACACGACAUUGCAUCAAAUAAACCCGGAAUGACUGAUGAAAUGCGUGAUUUCUGUCAUGAGGAAACCGUCUGUUUGCGUGAUAUUAUAUUGAAGCACUUGGGGUCUCCAAUGAUGACAACGUUUUCAUGUGUAAAACAUUGUUGUUGCACUAAUUGUUCUAAACAGUGCCAAUGCACCUCAUGUAAGAGCACUCAGCCGAAAAUUGCAAUGCAAGAGCAAGCAGUGCCGCAGUUGGAGGCGAGAAAAGCUCAACGACAACUUUCAAAGAGGCAACGUGACACCAUAAACUUGGUGAUGAGAGAAUAUAGGAUGAAGUUAGCACAAGUUGGAUACUGCAUUAAUGGGAUUGAUGCCAGCACUGGAGUAACCUUGGAACUCAUUGAUGCAAUUGUGGAAAAUUGUGAGUUUCUCACAUCAUCAUCAGAUCUAUUUAGUUCGUAUGAAAUAUGGGAUAUCAAACACGCAGAAGAUUUAUUUGCAAUAAUAGUUAAUAUUUGUGGGCAAUAA